CACCGCAUGUCAAAAAUGACGUGUUGCCCUCUCGUCGCCCCCUAUCGUUUCCUGUACCAGGGAUUGCUACAUUUCAAUCCAAUUCAAUACUCCGUACUACAAUACGCCAUCAUUGACCCACUUCCCAGUUCCCAAGUCGGCCAGGCUACCGCCCUGAUUUCCACUCUCCACCACUUGUUCACCAUCUCCCAAUCUCCAUUUUCAUCAAAAUUGGAAGAAACCCCCUCAAAACUUAGCCUGCCCAGGUGCUCAGGAGUGAAUAAUUUACCCCACAAAAUGCCCAGAAAAGGUCUGUUUGUUUACGCACUUCCUCUGCUCAGCCUGUUCGUAGUAAUUAAAGCCGGCCCAACUCUCCUCUCCGUAAACUGCCAAAACGAAACCCUUGACACAACCCUUGACCCACCCGGUACCUACGCCCAAAACAGCACCUACCAAACAAACCUCAACACUCUCUUCUCCGUUCUCUCCUCCAACUCCAACAACGCAUCCAACGGAUUUUACAACUUCACCGCCGGCAGCGGCCCGCCCGACGUCGCCUACGGCCUCUUCCUCUGCCGUGGCGACGUUGCCGCCGCCACGUGUCGAGACUGCGUCGAAUACGCCACCGGAGAUGUGGUCGAGCGGUGCCCCUGGUCGAAGCUGGCCACGAUCUGGUACGACGAGUGUUUGCUCAGGUAUUCCAAUCUGUCCAUCUUCGCCGCUGCGGAAACAAGGGUGUGGGAUGUUUUGGAAAAUUGGCAGAACGUGACCAAUAAUGAGACCCGUUUUAACGAAGUUUUGGGAGAGGUAAUGAAGAAUAUUUCCAAUCGGGCUUCGAGUGAUGACUCAGGUAAGAAAUUUGCAACUGGAGAAGCCUACUACACAUCACUUCAACCGGUGUAUGGACUAGCGCAAUGCACGCCGGAUUUGUCUGAUUCUAAUUGCAAUGGUUGCCUUUUGAAUGGUAUCUCGAAGCUUCCUCAAGCAAAACUAGGAGCACAAGUUUUGUUCCCGAGUUGUUAUAUCAGAUAUGAGAUGUACCUAUUUUACAAUGCCAGCUUUGGUGGUGCUCCUCCGCCACCUUCGUCAGUCCUCCCUCCUAGUACUACAACUCCAAGCAGCCCUGGACAAGGGGGAAUCUCAUCGCAUGUAAUCAUUGCCAUUAUAGUUCCAAUUGGGGUUGUUACUAUGCUUUUCAUUGCAAGCUUUUGUUUCCUAUCUAGGAGGGCGAAGAGGAAGCAUAAUUAUCUAAGAGAAAACAAUGAUGGGGAUGACAUCUCAACAGUGCAGUCCUUGCAAUAUGAUUUGGGUACAAUUAAAGCUGCCACAAACAACUUUUCAGAUGAUAACAAAAUCGGUGAAGGUGGAUUUGGUCCAGUCUAUAAGGGUUUACUUCUAGAUGGACAAGAGGUAGCUGUAAAGAGACUAUCCCGAACCUCAGGGCAAGGUGCACUAGAGUUCAAGAAUGAGGUGUUAUUGGUAGCCAAGCUUCAGCAUAGAAACUUAGUGAGGUUACUCGGAUUUUGCUUAGACAGAGAAGAAAAGAUACUCAUCUAUGAGUUUGUGCCCAACAAAAGCCUCGACUACUUUCUAUUCGACCCACAAGAGCAAGCGAAGUUGGAUUGGUCAAGACGUUACAAGAUUAUACGAGGGGUAGCUCGGGGGAUGUUGUACCUUCAUGAAGAUUCACGUCUUACAAUUAUACACCGUGAUCUCAAAGCUAGCAAUAUCUUGUUGGAUGGUGAUAUGAAUGCAAAAAUUUCAGAUUUUGGCAUGGCUAGGAUCUUUGGAGUUGAUCAAACUCAAGGAAAUACAAGUCGGGUUGUUGGAACAUUUGGUUACAUGUCUCCUGAGUAUGCAAUGCAUGGACAAUUUUCUGCCAAGUCCGAUGUGUUUAGCUUUGGCGUCUUAGUUCUGGAGAUCAUUUCUGGCAAGAAGAACACCAACUUUUACCAAUCAGAUGGUGCUCCGGACCUUCUGAGCUAUUCUUGGGAACUGUGGAGAGAAGGAAUGCCAUUGGAUUUGAUGGAUCCAACUCUUAAAGGGUCCCAUUCCAGAAAUGAAGUCACUAGAUGCAUCCAUAUCGCCUUGUUGUGUGUCCAAAAUGAUCCAGAUGCCAGGCCCUCUAUGGCAACGGUAAUUCUGAUGCUCAAUAGUUAUUCCUCCACGCUUUCACUUCCUCAACAGCCUGGAUUCUUCGGCCGGAACAAAACAGGGUCCAAUAUUUUCAAAGAACUAGAGUCAGACCAGUCUACAAGCAAGUCAAUACAGUGGUCUAUAAAUGAAGCAUCAAUUACUCAACUAGAACCCAGAUGAUGUGACAAAGUCCAGGCCAAUACCGAGAUUCAGGGUUAUUUUUACGUCGUGAGAUGAUUAACUUGGAGACUAGACGCAAAGCAUUUAUUGAUGUGUUUGAGAGCUUUAGAAAUUGCCUAGCAUAGGAUAUAAGGUUUAAAGAAUAUGUACGGAAUCAAUACACACAAUGUUUACUGGUUUGUAGAUGGUAGGUUGUACUUGUCUCUGUUAUCUCCUCCCUUUCUAAGAGAUGUUUUCACAGAGGUCGGUAUUUGGGGUCGAAUAAGACAGAUUGCAUGUUAUGAUGUUAAUGGAAAUAAAAUAUUAAUCUGCAGUCACCUGGAAAUUUAUGUAUUUAAGAA